UCUGUAGCGCUCUCUUGGUAUGGAUAAAUGAAUUAGAAAAAAAUGCGCCUUCAUUACCUGUCACUCACGUUAUCAUUUAUAAAUAAAAACUUUGUGGACUUAUAGCUGCUGUCAAAAUAUUUUAAUUAUCUAUCUUUUAUAACGUCAAUUAACUGUUUUGUUAAUUCCAAAGAGUGUUACAAUACUGCGGAGACUUAAUUCCAUGUGAUCUUGUGAUUAUAAGUUAAAGAGUCAAGAUUUUUAUCAUCAUGUCGUCUUCCGAAACAGCUCAAGUCAGCUCUUUGCCUUUACCUCCUAUGCAAUAUAUAAAUUUUUAUACUGAUGAAAAUGUACGAAGAAACAGAGCACCGUUGCCACCGCGUCCUAUACACGAUUCAUAUUCAAUGUUUGGUCAUUCGUUUAAUGCCGAUGAUGCUAUUAUCAGAUCUUUAGAAAGUCAGGGAUUUCGACGUCUAUAUCCUAUGCAUUUCGAAAGAAGAAGGGAAUUAAAGAAAUUAAAUCAUUCUCUACUUGCAAAUUUUCUGGAUUUGCUUGAUUUGUUAGUACAUUGUCCUGAUUCUCCUAAGAGGGCAGAAAAGGUGGAGGAUUUGAGUUUAUUAUUUAUUCAUAUUCAUCAUUUGCUAAAUGAGUUUAGACCUCAUCAAGCAAGAGAAACCCUGAGAGUUAUGAUGGAACUACAAAAGCGCCAGCGAGUGGAAACUGCUACGAGAUUCAAAAAACACUUAGACAAGGUACAAGACAUUCUACAGAUUGCACUCCAAAGUUUGCCCGACCAGAAUGAGAUUGAAUCAAACUUCAAAAUUCCAGUGGAAAUGCUUGAGCAAAUGGAGUGCAGCACUAGUGAAUCAUCAGUUGACCCUUGUUAUGAUCUUGAUAGGAUUAUGUGUAAUGUUGUUGAUAACAUGAGAUAAUCUUUAGGCAUGGAUAGAUAUAACUUGUAUAAAUCUUGCUUUAAAUGUAAAAUAAUCUCAUAAAGAUUGCAAUAUGCUUACUAUGGUAUUAAAAUACAUUAGUUUUUAUGUA